AUGGAGGCUCUCAGUGGUAGUACCCAUGGAACACGAUGACGAUGGAGAUAAAUGGAACACGAAGCCGAAGGAAAUUUUUUUGCCACGUGGAAAGCCCAAUCAGGAUGUCCGUGCGGAUGACUGAAUUGCUGAUGUUGUUGCGAAACUGUGAAAGAAUUUGAUUAAUUUAUAUAUGGGUCACAUCGGGUCAACGCUCUUUUUCGAAGGAAAUUGCAUAGGAACGAUGCUAUUGCCCCAAGACAUUCGGAUAAAUCUACUCCUCUUAGGACUUAGAACUCCAUGUUUAAUGCGUAGUUCAAAUUUGGCAGGGCUGAAGGAGAAGGAAUCUCGAUUGCCCCACUCACGAUUCGGCACCGAAAACUGGGGUCUGGGGACAGGGUCGGGUAAUGGCUAGGGUUGCGCUUGACUAGGAUUCUGUCUUUCCGAGCAAAUAUCGUCGAUCUUCACUCUUUUGCAGUAUCCACUUAAAAAGAGGAAAUCUCACUUUUUAUUACCGUGCGAACGAAUUCAUCUAUUCCCUCCAAACGCUAGACCUCCGAGGAUUUGAAGCUUCUGUUGCUUACAUAAGUUAAAAUUUUUUCUUAGGGCAUAUGGAUUUCGUAGACAUGAAGCAAAGAACUCUGUGAUUUUCUAGAACCCGUGCGGCGGAAAUUCCUUCUUCAUCAUGAACGUCUCAAUAAUUGAUCCUUUGCAGGGAGAUUUUCCAGAAGUGAUAGAAGAGUUCCUGCAACAUGGAGUCAUGAAAUGUAUCGCCUUUAAUCGCCGCGGAACACUUCUCGCUGCUGGUUGCUCUGAUGGGAGCUGUGUUGUUUGGGAUUUUCAGACCAGGGGGAUAGCUAAGGAACUUCGGGAUAAAGAUUGUGUUUCUCCCAUAACAAGUGUCUGUUGGUCAAAGUAUGGUCACUACAUACUUGUGUCUGCCACAGACAAGUCCUUGACACUUUGGGACGUUGUGAGUGGUGAAAAGGUUACACGUACAACUCUGCAUCAAACUACAUUGCAUGCUUGUCUGCAUCCUGGUUCCAGCACUCCCUCUGUCUGCCUGGCAUGUCCACUCUCAUCUGCUCCUAUCAUUGUCAACUUGAACACUGGAAGCACAACUGUGCUUCCAGCUUCUGUGUUUGAUUCAGGCACCGGCACUGUACUGCCAUCAUGCAAUAGGUUUAUAGAUGGGUCUCUUCCUUUUACUCCAACUGCUGCAUGCUUUAGCAAGUAUGGGGACCUAAUUUAUGUUGGGAAUUCCAGAGGAGAAAUACUUAUAAUUGACUACAAGGACAUUCAAGUGCGUGGAAUUGUUUCAGUUCCCGGUGCUGCAGUUAUUAAGAAUAUUGUAUGCAGUAGGAAUGGACAGUACCUUCUUACAAAUUCAAAUGACCGGACAAUCAGAAUUUUUGAGAAUCUUCUCCCCCCAAAAGAUGGUCCAAGGGCUAUUGAUCAACUGUGCAGUACCAUAGGUGAGCUGCAAGGUGUUGAGAAGCUAAAGGCAGUCGGGUCAAGGUGCUUGGUAUUUUUUCAUGAGUUUCAGGAUUCUGUCACUAGGAUCCAAUGGAAAGCACCUUGUUUCAGUGGUGAUGGUGAGUGGGUUGUUGGUGCUUCUGCUAACAAAGGGGAGCACAAGAUCUACAUAUGGGACAGGGCAGGACAUCUGGUAAAGAUCCUUGAAGGUCCCAAGGAAGCAUUGACAGAUCUGGUAUGGCAUCCUGUGCAUCCUAUUGUGGUCUCAGUUUCUUUUUCUGGAUUGGUUUACAUAUGGGCUAAAGAUUAUACUGAGAACUGGAGUGCAUUUGCUCCCGAUUUCAAAGAGCUUGAGGAAAAUGAAGAGUAUAUUGAAAGAGAAGAUGAAUUUGAUUUGAUGCCUGAAACUGAGAAGGUGAAGGAAUCAGUUGUUAAUGAAGAUGAGGAGGUUGAUAUUAUGAUGGUGGAGAGGGAUUCUGCUUUCAGUGAUUCUGAUAUGUCACAGGGAGAACUUUGUUUCUUGCCAGCAAUUCCCUGUCCAGAUGUUCCUGAACAAGAGAAAUUUAUCAGAAGUGCAUCAAAGUUGGCAGACAGCAAUCAUUCUGGAUCCGCUCUUUCAGAAGAGGCAGGACAGAAUGGGCAAAUCACAAAUCCUGCUUCAAGUCCAGUGGAAGCCAUAGAUAACUCCAUUGCAGAUGAUACGGGUGUAACAUGCUUGAAAAGAAAGCGGAAGCCUUCUGAGAAGGGGUUGGAGUUGCAAGCAGAGAAGGGCAGAAAAUCAUUAACAAAGGUCAAAUCAUCUGGUAAGUCAUCCAAAAGCAAGAAUAAAUCUGCUAUGGGACAGGACAGAGGUAUCUGUGUAUUUGCAGAUGAUGUAACUGAUGAUCCAACAACUAAUUCCUAAUAAUUCUUAUGUUUUUUAUUCUCUAA